GUUUCAUUGAACUAAAAAGAAUUUGUUAUUUUAACUCAUACACAUCUCCAAAUGAAGUGAGCUGUCAUCGAAUGACUUUCAUGGAUACGCACGAAUGCUGACAGAUGCUAAUGAAGUAAAAAAAAACAACACUACAGUGCAUUCAAGGCUGACGUUGAGAUGGAUUUUCUGGGGAUUAGAGGAACAAAAGGUUUUUGUGUUCCAGAUUAUUUCAACUUUGCUGACGUUAUAGACGAGUGGGCACAAAAAGAAAAGGAGGGCAAAAAACAAAGUGAUCAUCCAGCUCUGUGGUGGAUUGAUGGUGCUGGUAACGAGGUUAAGUGGACUUUUGGAGAUGUUGCUGUGAACUCUAAAAAAGUUGCUAAUCUUCUGUCUAAUGAGGCUGACGUCAAACCAGGAGAUCGUGUGAUGGUGAUAUUACCAGCAAUUCCAGAAUAUUGGCUGAUACAGGCGGCCUGUUUGAGAACAGGUAGUGUAUUCUUAAUAAUGCCAACAAAUGUUGGUCCAAAAGAGCUUCACCGAAGAAUGUUAAAAUCAAAACCAGUGUGUGUGGUGGCAGCUCCUUGUGAUCAGGUCAAUAACGAACUACUGGAUGUGGUAGAUGAGGUUUUUUGCUCUGCGGAAGUCGAUAUACGAAGCAGGAUUUUGGUCAACAGAAUGAAAUAUGAAGAAAGGCGAAGAGAUUGGCUCUUAUUUGAAGAUCUCUUUCAAAAAGCAAGUGCUGAUUAUCACUCCGUGAAGUCUCAAAGCUCAGAUCCUGUAAUUAUAUACCACACAAGCGGAACAACGGGGAAUUCUAAGAUGGUAGAACAUUCACAAGCCAGCACAGGCCUGUGUAGUGGUGGAAUGAGGAGGUCUCAUUUCGUGGAAUCUGACUUGAUUUGGAUUGCUUCCCCCACGGGUUGGCCAGUUCUCUCCUUCGUCAGUUUCUUCUCGACCUGGUCUGUUGGCGCUGGCACGUUCGUACAUUAUGUUGCAUUUGUGACCGCCCGUGAAGCUUUGGAGACCCUUCAAAAGCAUCCGAUUACUGACGCACAAUUUAGCCAUUCACUUUACUUGAAAGCCUUAGACGACGAGGAUCUCAAGAGCCUUAGCUUCGCGAAAUUAAAACGCUUUUUUGUGGCUGGAGAGCCAGCGAGCAAGCAUAUGAUUCGCAGAUGGAAAGAGGAAACAGGGAUAGAACUUUGGAAUUACUAUGGUCAAACGGAAACCGAUAUCUUGACUUUUCCAAGAGAACCUGGGGAUGAUUCCCGUCCCGAUUCAGUCGGGAAACUUCUUACCGGAAUCGAUAUGCUGAUUGUCGAUGAUAAAUAUAAUGAAGUAACCCCAGGUACACAGGGAAGAGUUGUUAUUCGUGUGAAGCCUUAUUGUCCCGUGGGAAUGUUCACUCGUUAUGUGGACGAUCCAGAGAAAACUGAGUCAUGUUUUUGCGGAGAUUUCUUUAUCACUGGUGAUUUGGGUCGAAUGGACGAAGACGGUUAUUUCUGGAUCUUUGGAAGAACUGACGACGUUUUAAUCAUCGACGGAUGUAACAUAAUCCCUGGCGACGUAGAAAACUGUCUUAAAGAACAUCCAGCUGUAUUGAACUGCGUUGUGGUCAGCGUUUCUUAUCUCAAUAGACAGAUCAUGAAAGCUUUCAUUGUGUUAUCUAGUGGCUUCAAAAAUGAAAAUCAAGACCAUUUGAUCAAAACGCUACAAGAUCACGUGACAUACAAUAGUGCAUCCUGGAUGUCUCCAGAGAAGAUGGAAUUCAUCGAUGAUCUUCCAAAGACUGGAACGGGCAAGGUUGACAGACGAAAACUACAAUGUGCUGAUUUGUGAAAAACCAUCCAAGGAAAAUUGCCGCAGCUUUAAGUGAGAUUGCAGCUUAGGACUGUGACAUUGCAACAAGAGAAACGUUUCUGUAGCAAAUAGAAUUUGCAUUUCUGUUUAUCUUUAAGUAACUGCGAAAUUGUUUUACAUUUUUUUUUCUUUCAAUCGAACUACUACUGUGAUGUUUUGUCUCUAUUCAAUUAAGUUCGCGUUUUUGCAUGAGGUUGUGUAAGAAUUACGUAACACUGGUAGUCUUUUCUUUCUCGCCAGUAUAAGCGUUGUUUUCGUU